AUGAUGAAUGAUGACCAUGAUGUGCUAAUGAAGAUACCGGAGGAAUAUUUGACUCUUGCCACAAACGGAUUUGGGGAGCAGCUGAGGCGCAGCGACGGGAGUCAAGCGGAACGUCGACCACCCAAUAAAGGUCGUCAACAAAGAAUGGUUAAAAUGGAUUUGAAAUGGAAGGAAAAAAGGCGUCUGAGUCACGCGGAACGUCGACCACCCAGUCGAGCUAAUAAACAAAGAUCGUUGGUCAUUCGCUUCGCUAAC